AUGUCAACUUUUAACAGUGACCGCAAGUCUGACUUUGACCUAGAAAUAGUCUUGCAUGCCUUUCAACGAUGCCUUCGUGAGGACAGAACUCUGAUGUUACAGGAGUAUGUUACAGCUUACCAUGAGUUGUGCAGGUUUUUCAAGCUUACAGGGCCAUUGUUUGCUUUUGUUGCCAGAGAUUUAGAGUCCAAGAUUAAAGCUGUGGAGUACCACUUGCAUGCUGACCAUGGAUCUGAGUACAAGUCGCUGCAGUCCAUGGUGGUGUUUGAGGUUAAACAUGGCACAACCCACACCAAGGGUUCACAUCCUUCGGGAUGUCGCAUGUUUCUGAGACUUCACUUUGCACUGGAGUUUAUACUGUCGUUCAUGAAAAGGGUCAUGGUUGGCGAUGAAAAUGAAAAGAUGUCCAAACUGGCAUGGGAGGUAUACGUAAAGACGCUCUACAAACACCAUCCUUGGUUGACCAGGAAGCUGGCCGCUAUAGCCGUGUACGCCCUGCCCUCCAAGAAACACCUGAUCGAUGUCUUGUGUAAGCAGGACUACAACAGGGUGUUGGAUCUUUUAGCGCAGGUUGUAGACUCCGGACAACCAGUUUAUGAUGUUGCAGAGGAAGUGCUUGCCGCAAACAGCUUGUUGAACAUUCCUUGA